AUGCAGUGUUCAUCCUGGGCUGACCCGAAAUGUUAGAGGUCAAAACGAAACUAAACCCAAAAAUCUGGGGAUCAAACUGCGAUUUCACCUUUUCUUUUCAACUCCUAAAGACUCGUCACUGUCUAUCCCUCAACUUCGCUCGCCAACCGUCAGUUCAACCUGCUCUGCUCCGCUUUCUCCAGCCACGCUUCACUGCCAAACCCCUUCGCCGCCGCUGUUCUCUCAGCCGAAUCAAGAUGUCUCGCGGUGAAGAUAAACCAGCAAGAUCAGCUUUGGCUCCUUAUGAGGAGGCAAUGGAGGCUUUAUCUUCUCUGAUAACAAAACGUAGUCGUGCUGAUAAGAGCAAUAGCGGCGAUAGAUUUGAGCUACUAUUUGAUUAUAUUAAGAUACUGGAACUGGAGGAACCAAUAAAGCAGAUGAAGGUUAUCCAUGUUGCUGGUACCAAGGGAAAGGGGUCAACUUGCACUUUCACAGAGUCUAUAUUGCGUAAUUGUGGUUUCCACACCGGGCUUUUCACGUCUCCACAUCUCAUUGAUGUCCGAGAAAGAUUCCGAUUAGAUGGAGCAGACAUUUGCGAACAGAAGUUUUUGGCAUAUUUCUGGUGGUGCUAUGAUAGACUUAAGGAAAGUGCUUCUGAUGAGGUGCCAAUGCCUACAUAUUUUCGCUUCCUUGCAUUGCUUGCCUUCAAAAUAUUUGCAGCAGAGCAGGUGGAUGUUGCUAUAUUGGAAGUUGGCUUAGGCGGAAAAUACGAUGCAACUAAUGUGGUUGAGAAACCCGUUGUUUGUGGAAUAUCUUCCCUUGGGUAUGACCAUAUGGAAAUUCUUGGAAAUACUCUCGGGCAAAUUGCUGGAGAGAAAGCAGGAAUAUUCAAGCGUGGAGUUCCAGCUUUUACUGUGCCCCAGCCCGAUGAAGCUAUGCGUGUGCUUGAAGCGAAGGCUUCUGAGUUGGAUGUAACUCUCAAAGUGGCGGCCCCGUUGGAUGCCAGUUUACAAAGCAGCAUUCAUCUUGGUCUUGAGGGUGAACACCAAUAUACAAAUGCCGGUCUUGCUAUGGCAUUAUGCUCCACUUGGCUUCAGAGAACCGGCCAUGUUGAAGUUGAUUACAUAACAGAGACGGGCUCUCUGCCCGAGCAAUUCCUGAAAGGACUAGCAACAGCUACUUUACAAGGGCGGGCUCAAAUUGAACCCGACAAGGUUAUAGAAUGUGAAACUCCGGGGGAUCUUGUUUUCUACUUGGACGGUGCUCAUAGUCCCGAAAGCAUGGAUGUAUGCGCUAAAUGGUUUUCUCUCGCCAUCAAAGACGAUUACCAGCAACAGAAUUCUAUUAACAAUCAGUUGCAUGAGACGGGAACUUCUUGUGAACCGCCACAGAUGGAGCAUUACCAGAAGUCGAACAAAAGUUCUACACAAAUUCUGUUGUUCAACUGCAUGUCGGUGAGGGAUCCUCAGCUGCUCCUUCCGCGCCUGAUGAGUGCUUGUGCAAUGCAUGGAAUCUACUUUAAGAAGGCAUUGUUUGUUCCUAAUAUAUCAGUGUAUUAUAAGGUGGGUACCGGUUCUACGAUUCCAGCUGAUAAUCAAGUAGAUAUCUCGUGGCAGCUGACUCUUCAAAGAUUCUGGGAAAACCUUGUCCGUGAGAAAGGCAGAGACAUGGCGAAGAAUGCAGAUCAAAUAUGUGAAGAGGGUUCCGCUGAUGAUACAGAGAAAGGAACUCGAAGUUGUGAAAACAGUACAGUGUUUCCUUCGCUUCCAGUUGCAAUUAAUUGGCUCAGGGAUAACGUUCGAAAGAAUCAGUCCGUUCGCUUCCAGGUCCUAGUAACGGGCUCUUUACACCUCGUGGGUGACGUUCUGAAACUAGUGAAGAAAUGAGGCUCUAAACGCUGUUUGGAGUUCUUCCAUUUGAUUCUUUUCGCAACAGAUCAUACUCUACGCAAAUACCAUAGGCAAGAAUGUAUUUCCGUGUUCCAUCCAGGUACAUUUCCAUUUUCAAAUGUUCAUGUGAAGUACUCGGUCCAUUUUAGUACUGACAUUUUCACGAGUUACAGAAAAUAGAAUGCUCAUUGGUUUCAUAUCCAUGUACUCUUUUAACUCAUUCUCCAUUGAAAUCACACACGUUAUGCACAACCGCUAUGACACUCAGAAACUUUGAGGGUAGCGUUUCUGUUUUGAAAACGUUUCGUCUCUGAAACUCGUAGUUCUUUUUUAAAUGUGGAGUUGUGGAGGAAGAAUAAUUGUGAAUGUGUAAUGUUUAAAAGUGGGUGAUAGUUUAUUCCAGGCAUAUUUACUGGA